AUGCACACCUCGAAUCCGCGAGGGCCCAUGAAACAUGCAGCAGCAUGGGGAAACCUUGCAUGGGUGCGUCAUGAAAGUGCAUUCUGCUUCUUUUGUUUGCCUCGGCUUACCGAUAGAAAACGUCCGAACCCCUCCGUCACAUGCACACCCCGAUCCGCAGCCAAUGCCCCAGCGCCAGAGCUUCCUGCAGACUUGGAGGAUUGGGUUACCGUAGAAACAUCCCCCGAGCUGACUUUCGCCUUUUCAGGAAACCCUGAGGACACGCAGCUUCUCCUGGCGACACAGUACCACCUAGAGCAGCAGCAGUCAAAGAAGCAGGUGCCUCUGCAGCAGCAGCGACAUCUGCACCCGAAGGUGCCGCACACGGGGCAAGGGGCUCCGCAAAACGAGGUGGCUAUAGUCCAUCGCCGCUUGCAGCCGAUCCACAGGCGACAGCACCCCCAGCAACAGCCACACCGGCAGCAGACAGCAGACGCGAUCCACGGAGACUUCCCCCUCUCCCCUCUUCCCGUGGAUACGCGGACCGAUAGGCGGGAGCAACAGGCUGCCCGAUGCCGCCGCAACUUGGCAUCGAAGAGCACACGCCCACCGCAGUCACCCACCAGCAGCCGUAACAGCCACAGGGCCCACGACAGCAGCGGCAUCGAUGACUUGCUACAGUUGCUACAGGAGACUCCCACACGGCUGCAAAGGCAGCGGGGGGGAACCGGUGCAGCGGCAGCUGAGCGGCUGCUGGAGGCCUAUGGGCCUCUCAACAGUGCCCUUCCCUUCUUAAGCGAGGAGGGGGCCCUUGGUGCGACGAACCCGGGGGCAAACACGGAGAAAGGUCGCGCACCAGAUGCGUUGAAUGCACGAGAGGGGAGGCAAGAAAAGCACGAAGACGCCCCUCCCCUUGUGGACAGCGCGGAACUGCAGGCUACUGCAGCCGAGCUAGAGGCCCUGAUAGGCGACACUUUGAAACCGCAGCCAAGCUCUCAUCAGCAGCAGGAGAAAGCAGGAGAGCCUGAAGUGGAGCUCUUGGACUCACUAACGCUCUAG